AUGGCCUCCAGACUGGACAACCCUCCGAGCGAUCUGCCCGCCGGGUACACACUGCACGCAGGGUUCCCGUCGGUCUCGGAGUACCGCAACCUGCGCAAAUCAAGCGGUCUCACGCCCGUGACAGAGGCACAGGCUGCAGGUGCUGUGACGGGGAGCUUGUACGGGUGCCACAUUACCUACUCCUCUGGGAGCGACCAGGCGGUGGCUAUGGGUCGGAUCAUCGGCGAUGGUGGAUGGUACUUUCAUAUUGCGGACAUGGCUACCCUGCCGGAGCACCAGAGGAAGGGGCUGGGGAGCGUGGUCCUCAAGCAUCUGUUGGCUUAUGUCAAGGACAACAGCCCGGAGGAUGGGGAGCCGUACAUCACCUUGUUUGCAGACCCGCCAGGGCGGCGGUUGUACGAGAGGAACGGCUUCGUGGAGAGUAGAAAGACGAGGAAGAGAGAAUAG